CGCCAGCCCACAAACCGCCUAAACCACACCCCCACCCUAAACCACCCACCGUCAAACCACACCCUCACCCUAAACCCCCUAAAAAACAUCACUCCCCACCGAAACCUCCCACNGAAACCUCCCACAAUAAAACCCCCUCCGUCCACUCCAAAACCACCCCCCGUGAAGCCUCCGCCAUCGACUCCUAAACCUCCUACCACGAAGCCUCCUCCGUUUACUCCCAAACCACCUACCCACAAGCUUCCACCAUGUGCACCAACACCGCCAGUUGCAACGCCACCAGUGGCAGCCCCACCAGUCGCAACACCACCUGUUGCAACUCCGCCCGUUGCAACACCUCCUAUCGCAACACCACCUGUAGCAACUCCGCCCAUUGCAACACCACCUGUUGCAACUCCGCCAGUUGCAACCCCUCCUAUCGCAAAACCACCAGUUGCAACUCCACCAAUCGCAAAACCCCCAGCUGCAACUCCACCAGUUUCAACGCCACCAGUUGCUGCCCCACCCGUUUCCACACCACCUGUGGCAACUCCUCCUACUGCAACACCGCCCAUUGCAACUCCACCAGUCGCAACUCCACCAGUCGCAACACCUCCUAUCGCAACACCACCCAUCGCUAAACCACCAGUUGCUACCCCACCCGUUGCCACACCACCUGUGAUAACUCCUCCUAUUGCAACACCACCUACUGCAACACCUCCUAUCGUAACACCUCCUAUUGCAACACCACCUCCAGUUGCAACUCCACCCGUUGCCACACCACCAGUAGCAACUCCUCCUAUUGCAACACCACCUGUUACAACUCCGCCAGUUGCAACUCCCCCUGUUGCAUCUCCGCCUGUCUCAACUCCCCCUGUUGCAUCUCCACCCGUUGCCACACCACCAGUGGUAACUCCUCCUAGUACAACACCACCUGUCGCAACACCACCUGUCGCAACACCACCUGUUGCAAAUCCGCCCGUUGCAACGCCUCCUAUCGCUACACCACCCAUUGCAAAACCACCUGUCGCAACGCCACCUGUUGCAACUCCACCCGUCGUAACACCUCCUAUCGCAACACCACCCAUCGCAAAACCACCAGUUGCACCACCACCAGUGGCAACUCCUCCUAUUGCAACACCACCAGUGGCAACUCCUCCUAUUGCAACUCCACCUGUUGCAACACCACCAGUAGCUUCCCCACCCAUUGCUACACCACCAGUGGCAACUCCUCCAAUUGCAACACCACCAAUCGCAAAACCACCUGUCGCAACACCACCUAUUGCAACUCCACCCGUCGCAACACCUCCUAUUGCAACACCACCUACCGCAAAACCACCAGUUGCACCACCAGUGGCAACCCCACCCGUUGCAACGCCACCAGUAGCUUCCCCACCCGUUGCCCCACCACCAGUGGCAACUCCUCCAAUUGCAACACCACCAAUCGCAAAACCACCUAUCGCAACGCCACCUGUUGCAACUCCACCCGUCGCAACACCACCUGUUGCAACUCCACCCAUCGCAACACCUCCUAUUGCAACACCACCC